UCUCUCUCUCUCUCUCUCUCCUCGUAACAGAGUCACUGACACUGAGUUUUGAAGCCCGAAUUGGAGAAAAUGGCGGACCGGUUCUUCCCAAACGUAAUGCCAGACUUCGUAGCAGAAGCAACAGCUGAAACCCAAGACGAAGAAGGAAAAGAGCCAGCAGUUGUCACCCAAGAUGCUCUCAUGAAGCUCCUCUCCAUGCCUUACUCUUCUCUCUCUCAGCGUUUCAAACGCGCCGCUUUGGACCUCAAAGAAACCAUAACUUUGGAGACGUGGGGUAUGACUGGGCAACAAGUUCAAGACUUUACGCUGUACUGUGGGACUCUUGGGACGGCUUUUUUCCUCUUCAGAGCUUACCUACUCACUAACAACCACAAUGAUCUUGCUCUCUCCUCUCAGAUUGUUAAGGCUUGUGACACCGCUUCUUUCAAUUCAAGGGAUGUGACUUUUCUAUGCGGGCGAGCUGGUGUAUGUGCUCUUGGGGCUGUGAUGGCAAAGCAUGCCGGUGAUGAACAGUUGAUAAAUUACUAUUUAGUUCAAUUUAGAGAGAUUAAGCUUCCCAGAAAUCUUCCUGAUGAGUUGUUAUAUGGGAGAGUUGGAUACUUAUGGGCAUGUUUGUUCAUAAACAAACAUAUGGGCACAGGGACGAUUCCUUCUACCUACACUUGUUCAGUUGUGAAUGAAAUCAUCAAGAAUGGAAGAGAAUUGGCUAAGAGUGGAAGAUGCCCAUUAAUGUUUGAAUGGUAUGGAGAAAAGUAUUGGGGUGCGGCACAUGGAUUGGCAGGGAUAAUGCAUGUUUUGAUGGACAUGGAUUUGAAACCAGAUGAGGUCGAGGAUGUCAAGGGCACUCUUAGGUACAUGAUCAACAAUCGAUUCCCCAGUGGGAACUACCCCGCAAGUGAAGAGGAUAAAAAGAGAGAUGUUCUUGUGCAUUGGUGUCAUGGAGCUCCUGGAGUUGCUCUCACACUCGUCAAAGCAGCUAGGGUUUUUGGAGAUAAGGAAUUUCUGGAAGCAGCUGCAGAUGCAGCUGAGGUGGUGUGGAACCGCGGACUGCUCAAGCGAGUCGGGAUUUGCCAUGGCAUUAGUGGGAAUGCAUAUGUGUUCCUCUCACUUUACCAACUUACAGGCAAUGUAGAGUUCUUAUACAGAGCCAAAGCUUUUGCUUGCUUUCUACUUGAUAGAGCUCACAAGCUCAUAUCAGAGGGAGAGAUGCAUGGAGGUGAUAACCCCUACUCAUUGUUCGAAGGGAUGGGAGGUAUGGCUUAUCUUUUUCUUGACAUGAUCGAUCCCUCUCAGGGUAAGUUUCCGGCUUAUGAUCUCUGAAAAUAUUUUUACAAUGGAAGGUUGGAAGGUAGGCCUUAUGUAUAAAAAUUUAUUGUGCUUAGAGUACCUCACAUUGUGUAAUGUUUUUGAGAAUUUGCUGGCUUUCUGUUCCUAUUUUGUCAUUUCAUACUGGGAAUCUGACGAUAAAUUUUCUUCUUGAAACAA